AAAAUUACUGUAUUAAUGUGGGCAGUCCGUCAACUUUCAGGACAUUUGUCUUUUUCAGUUUGGAGCCAGCCUCAGGAGCAUAUCCCAUGUUUUCUUGUGUGGUUACCCAGCUGGCUCUGUUGUUUUGGUGUAAGAGCACCGAAGGCACCCCUGGGUUGCUCCCUCUCUCCCCUAGAAACUACCCAGCAGUGAUAGCGGGGCUCCUUCCUCAGCAGAGCAGAACAGAGCGUAUGAAGACUUGCGUGUUUCUGCUUCACCUCCACCUGUCAGAAAGAGCAACCUACGGGACUGUCAGCUCACACAGCGGAACGGAAUCUUGCGCAUAUUUUCUUCCUUUGGUGCCACCUCGUCCUGGCCAUGUCCGGCAUGGUUCACUGUUGUCCGCCAGCCGGUGAACAGUGUGUUCAGGGCGUUGAUCUUCACAGCACUUCCGGGAGGAAAUGGCUCAGACCCUGAUAGGAGUCUUGCAGCUGGGAGCUGUUUACUGUGACAGUUUGUUCACACCUCUCCAUCUGUGGGCUCCCUGCUCAUCACCAGAUCACUCCACGUCCAGUGGCGCCUUAUCCUUCAAGCCCAGCCGCUCCCUCGUCACCCUGCCCACCGCCCAUGUGAUGCCGUCCAGCUCCAGGCACAGGGACGCGCGAUGGAGCUCCAGCCUCCUGCAGGCACUGGGCGACCUCGGUGGCCGAGAGCGGGACUCUUGUCUGGACAUGAAGGGCGACCGGCCCCUCCGGAAGUGGUCGUCUCUCUCCAGACUCACUGCCCCCGAGGGCUGCGGCCGGGCUGGCACCGUGCCCGCGGAAGAGUGCGGGGCCGGCCUGGAGAAGGCGUUACAGUGGAGGGCUGGGAGGCCCCGCUGCCUGCAUGAUGGCUCCGAGGCGUGCAGGCCAGAGGACAAGCAGAGCGGUGGUGGCCGGCGGACGUCGGCCCUGGACUGCAAGUACAAGUUCGAGAGCUGCAGGCCUCAGGACAACCGCAGAGAGGGGCAGCUCCUGGAUGCCACACACAGUGCCUUAUCUGAGAGCAGGCCCGCCGAGGCCGGCCCAGGGCCCCAGGCUCCCCGGUACCUAGAGCUUGGCCGCAGGGCGGUGGGCGGAGCCCCCAUCCAGCCCUCUGUGCGCACUCAGAUGUGGCUCACAGAGCAGCUGCGCGCCAACCCUCUGGAAGGCCAGACUGCAGAGGAUGCCUGCGGCCUGCCCUGGCCGGCACAGCUCGGGGAGGCCCCCCUGCAGUUGCCAGUGAUGACUGCUAACAGGAAGCUAAGAAACCCAAUGAGGCCUACAGAGGCUCUGAUGGUGGCAUCUCGGCAGAGUUACUCGCCGCCUGGCUUUCAGGAUUUCAGCAAGUGGGAAUCGAUGCUGAAGGUAAAAGAAGGACUUCUGAGGCAGAAGGAGCUUGUCAUUGAUCGGCAGAAGCAGCAGAUUACCCACCUCCACGAGAGGAUAAGGGACAAUGAGCUACGGGCACAGCAUGCCUUGUUAGGACGUUAUGUGAACUGUGAAGAUCCCUACGUGGCUAGUUUGCAGCCGCAGUAUGAGAGCACCACCCUACAGACCACGCGUGCAGAGCGGGCUGUGGCCCAGCCCCAGCCUGAGGGCCUCGAGCAGAAGCUCACGUCUACCGAGAAGGAGGUUUCACAGCUCAGUGACUUUCUCACGCAGAGAAUGAGCCAGUUCAGUGAAGAGAAGAAGAAGCUGGAGGAGAAGCUUAAAACCAGAGAUAGGUACAUCAGUAGCCUGAAGAAGAAAUGUCAGAAGGAAUCUGAGCAGAACAAGGAAAAGCAGCGGAGAAUUGAGACCCUGGAGAAGUACCUGGCGGACCUCCCCACACUGGAUGAUGUGCAGAGCCAGAGCCUGCAGCUGCAGGUUCUAGAAGAAAAAAAUAAAAAUUUGCAAGAAGCUUUGAUAGAUACAGAAAAAAAGUUUGAAGAGAUCAAAAAACAAUGUCAAGAGAAAGAGGCACAGUUAAUGUGCCAGAAAAAGAAGGAGAAGGAGUUAGUGACCUCCAUUCAGAGUCUGCAGCAAAAAGUAGAAAGAUGCCUUGAAGAUGGAAUCCGCCUUCCCAUGUUAGACACAAAACAGCUUCAGAGUGAAAAUGAUGAUCUCAGAGAACAGAACGUGGCAGCCGGCAAGAUUAUAAGCAGCCAGCAAGAUGAAAUUAACCGGCUGACUUUAGAACUUCAGUCCAUCCAAGGGAAACUGUGUGAGGAGAAGUUGACUGCACAGAAGAUGAUGGAAGAGCUAGAGAGGAAAGAAAGAAACCUCCAGAGAUUGUCGAGAAGGCUGCUCGAGGACUGCAGACAGACGGAAGAGCCCAGCUCUCUGCCGGGUGAGGGCCCAGAAGCAGAGCUGCCAGGGCAGCAGACGGUGCCUCCCAAGCGGCCGCUCUUUGACCUGACAGUGAUCGAUCAGCUCUUCAGGGAGAUGUCCUGUUGCUUGCUCGACCUGAAGGCCCUGUGCAGUAUCCUCAAUCAGCGGGCCCAGGGCAAAGAGCCCAAUCUCUCCUUACUGCUGGGGAUCAGGUCCAUGAACUGUUCAGCUGAAGACGUGGAGAAUGACCACAGCCCAGAAACCCUCAGUAAGAAGCUGUCUGAUGUGUGCCAGCUGCGGAGGGACAUUGAUGAGCUGAGGACUAUAAUAUCCGACCGCUACGCUCAGGACAUGGGGGACAACUGCGUCACCCAGUGACAGUGUGGGUUCCACAGCGGGGACCAGCUGCUGCGCUGUUCUUUGUCUUCUGUAGGAGUCACCACAGGCAGCUGCAGGAAACACGAGGCUACGCGUAGGGAUUUCUGUGGAUUUGUCUCAUUGAGGGGAUGUGGGAUGUGGGGAGGUUCUGAGGGCUUUCUAAUCAGGCAGAAAUCAGAUUGCCUUUUCAAAGAUGUGAUGCAGUCUACAGGAAAACAUCCAUCUUCUGAAACUACUGAUUGAUUGUAGGGCCACGCUGUGCAGGGCGCCCUUCAGAAAGGGAAGCAUCUGUUUACCCCGGUUGUUCUGUCUUGUGUGUGCACCUAUGUGUGGGUUCUUAUUUGUGUGUGUAUGUUUUAUUUACAAAACUUCUAAGGAUUUCAAGACUCACAGCGCAGAGCUUCUGGUAAAGGCACAGGCCGUCCCCUGUUCCCUCUCGCCGUGUUCGGGAUUGCCCAGGGCUGGCCUUCGAGUUCCGCCAGGCGGCAGGCACUGCCGCAGAAGGAGGCGGCCACAUGGCGCGUCUCAGCUGUCCCGGGCCGGGCUGUGGUUUGGUGGCUUUUGGUACUGGAGGUGAUUCAUGUGUUACCAGAGGGCUUUCGUAAUUUGAACUAAUUUUUUCAUGCCCCUUAAUAUUUCUCAUUUUUAUUUAUUUGUUAUAUGUAUCAUUGUAAACAAAGCCUUCUGAGGCCAAGAUCAUCAUUUUGAAAACAGAUUGACAAUGACUUUGGAACAGUAGUUUAUCUCAGUAUUGAGUUAACAAUUUUGUACCUGUUUUAAAGCUGAAACUACUGUAGGGAGAAGCCAGCUCCUGUUCCUCAUCUCGGAACUAACACCAGCACACGGCUGAGCCGAGGGUCCCCACCUCGUGUGAACUCGGCCAGGCCGGCCUGUGUGAGGGUGUGUGUGGUCCCACAGCUCCCCCGCAGCGCUGCCUCGUGUCUUGUGGACGCACUCAUGGUGGUCACUGUCCACGCGGCAGGGUGACCUGUGGGUGUCCUGAGGUUUGUUCAGGGUGCGUCCAGGCCUGCUUCCCUCGGCCCGAGGUCCAGGCCAGCCGGACCAUGUCCCGGGAAGAGUGUGUCUGGGCACUGGGCUCACUUGGUGUUUAACGUCAGCCCUGGAUGACAGGCAGGGCUGUGAAUAACUACCAAACCCCUGCGUGCUUUGCCGGGGCUCACAUGUGAGGCUGGCUUUCUGCUGAAGUAGGCAGCGUCCCCAUCGCCCGUCAGCCACCAUGCAGCAGAAACACUUUCCGUCUCCAGACAGCCCGCGUCGCCCUGCUGGGACUUCAGAAAUGAAGCACCCUGAACAAUAGGGUGGAGGAACGAAUUGCAUCUGCUCUGCGUCAGCCAGUUCUUCCUUAAACUUCUCCUAGACUUGUAGUUUAGUUUUAGAUUUUUGCAGUGGUUGUGUUUUUAAAAUGAAGCUAUGGUUGUUUGUUUUCAUCUAUUUUGGAUACAGUUUUCUAGCCUAGUUGGGAUAAAAUAAUUUUUUUGUUGUAAUAAGUUAGUUUUCUAAAAGUUACAGAAUUUAAUUCCCUUUUUUUUGGUACCAGGGGUUGAACUCUGGUCCUUGCGCACGCGAGGCAGGUGGAACUGCUGAACUAAGUUCCCGGCCCUUAAUUCCCAUGCUGAGAUAACACUUUUCUGAGGUAGUGAGAAGUGAACAGGCUGCUGCUGCUCCAUCCUGGCUUCAGGUCCUGUGCUCUGGUGAGGGGCAGCGGCAGCGCAGGAUGGGCUAAACGACUCCAGAUCACCGGAGAGAGAGCCUCCCCUCAGGGCUAGGGAGCGAGCUCACAUCCCUGGAGGAAUUGCAGAGGAAUGAAACUAGUGUAUUCUAUUAGUAUUUAUUUUUGUUUUCAGAAUCUCCCCUUCCCCAAGAUCCCAUCUUGUGUAUAACGGUCGUAGGGUUGGUGUCACAUGUGAGCUGGGCGGGCGGCAGCUGUCUGCACAGUAAGGUGAGGCGCCCUCCUGGGUUAGCGGAGCGAGCGCACCGCACCCUCCUCUCAGGCGCUCUGUUCGCUCGCUCCUGGCGUGGAGUGGUCGCCUCCUGGGAGUGCCCCUCGACGUCAGCCUGGUCACUGGCCCGGGUCACUUAGCCUGGGUGACGAGGGACAGUUGUCCCAGUGGAGACCUGGUCACAGGUGUGGGGGCUGUCGUUCCCUCCAGUGCCGACAGCAGGAUAAGCUGAUAAUUAAACUGUUAAUGAAUUCUCAGUGGCUCUGAUUUUAAAAAGUAUUGAAUUUAUUUUUAAAAAGUGUAGCCCCUUUUGUAUUUUAAAGAGGAUUCACUACUUAAUGGUAGCAGUAUUAUAUCCUAUGGACAUUUAUUUUGGUGUGACAAGUUACUACACUGAAUUUACCACUUUAGAUAGCUUGGAGACAAUCUCAAGGCUGGAAGAUGUUACUGAGAUGAGUACUGUGCGUUCUGACUUUCCUGGGCUUGGGGGAAGCUGUGUCGGGCGAGACUCGGCAGGGCACCAGCGCUGUUGAAGGCACUGAGGGCCAGCAGCAAAGCCCGGGUGCUGGCUUCGCUGUGCCCUUCCUUCCGCAUGCUCCCGUCGCCGGCGUGGGCCUAACCAGCCCGCUUCUCACAGCACAAGGAGGUCCCUUCCGUGUUCACAGAUGAGAGACUUCUUACUUUGUGUAAAGAGUAAACUUUCCAGCUUUGCCCCAGAAAGCCAUCGGUGGUAUUUGCCAUAUGAUUACAUCAUACAUCUAAUCAUGAAGGGAAAAUGUUUUGAGAUUUUUCUAUUUCAGAGAAAUAUGAAUAUAUAGGAAGUAGUUUCAGACCAGGAAGGCUAACACAGCGCUGCGGCUGUGUACCCAGAGAACCUCCCGUGCCUUUGGCCUGCAGUGAGCAUCUGUUGCUGUUGCACAGGGGCCCUGGGAGUGUGGUGCCCGCUCCCCUAGUUCUCGUGCGCACACCUGAGCAAGGGUGGCUCUGACCGAGGAGCGGUGCCGUCACGGAGGGUCCCUUAGUGGGGCUCAGGCGCGUGUCUGGGGGCCCGGCCUUCCCCGUGGAGCGUGGGCUCCGUGGGAGUGUGUCCGAGUGUGUCUACGUGUGGGUAAGUGUGUACAUACAGAUAAUAUAUGCGUUGUUAUUUAAUUGUGUGAGCGUGAGCUUCCGGAAGCCGUGUGGUGCUCAGUGGCUGCGAGAAGCAGAGGGCGCAGUCGGCGGCGGCUGGUGCUCUGCCCCCGGUUCGGGCUCUGAGCCACCCGCGAUACCUCACGUGUAAAUAGUGUCCAGGACCCAGAUGAGAGGCAGUCGCUGUGAAGGGGAACGGGAGCCGCUGGCUGGCUUUUGCCUUCUGCCCUGUCAUGUUUGCCUCCCUUUUUUGUAAAGGGGUUGUUUCUGUUUUGUAAUAGUGUUUACAGCUAGAAUUUUGAAUGCCAAAGUUCUAUUUAUUAAGAAAAAAAGUUUUCAAUGUUAAUGCCUAGUAUUUUUCCACUGGACUAUUGUUUGUUGAUAAUGGAAUUUGU